AUGAGCUCCUUCGACCUCCCGGUGCCCUCGCCCCCCCACUGCGGCCCCCAGUUCCCCAGCCUCGGCCAGGAGCCCCCCGAGGUCAACCUGUACUACGAGAACUUCUUCCACCCGCAGGGCCUGCCCAGCCCGCAGCGGCCCCCCUCCUUCGAGGGGGGCGGCGAGUACGGGGCCACCCCCAACCCCUACCUCUGGCUCAACGGGCAGGCCAUGACCCCGCAGCCCUACCUGCCGGGCCCCAACGCCAGCCCCUUCCUGCCGCAGGCCUACGGGGUGCAGCGGCAGCUGCUGCCCGGCGUGUCCGGCGUGGGGGGCGGCGAGCUGGGCUGGCUGCCCAUCCCGUCGCAGGAGGAGCUGAUGAAGCUGGUGCGGCCGCCCUACUCGUACUCGGCCCUCAUCGCCAUGGCCAUCCACGGGGCACCCGACAAGCGCCUCACCCUCAGCCAGAUCUACCAGUACGUGGCCGACCACUUCCCCUUCUACAACAAGAGCAAGGCGGGCUGGCAGAACUCCAUCCGCCACAACCUGUCGCUCAACGACUGCUUCAAGAAGGUGCCCCGCGACGAGGACGACCCAGGCAAAGGCAACUACUGGACCCUGGACCCCAACUGUGAGAAGAUGUUCGACAACGGGAACUUCCGCCGGAAGAGGAAGAGGAAGUCGGACGCCCCCUCGGGCCCCGGGGAGAAGUCGGAGAGCGGGCUCCUGGCCGGCAGCCCCAAGAGCGCAGACGCCCAGGACCUCCUGGAGAGCACCUCCCCGGGCUCCGCCGGCUCCCCCGAGCAGCGGCCGUCCCCCGGGCCCCCCGGCACCCCCUGCCUCAACGGCUUCCUCUCCUCCAUGACAUCCUACGUGAGCGGGGCUGGCCCCGCCGGCCGCCCCGUGGCCGCGCCGGGACUGAGUCCUGAGCCCGCCGACAAGAUGGGGCAGAACUUGGUGAACUUCAACUCCUACACCCCGCUCACCAACCUCGGCGGCCACGGGGCUGGGGGCGAGUGGGCCAACCCCGUGCCCCCCAACGCCCUGGGCUACGGAGGCCCUGUCCUCAACCAGUUCAGCCCCCACUUCUACAACAGCAUCAACACGAACAGCGUCCUCUACCCCCGGGAAGGCACCGAGGUCUAG